AUGGAGAAAUCCCACCAAUCAACAAAACAAUACUUCCCCUUCCACGCCUACCUCUCCCCCACCACCUCAUCCGAGGACCUAGAAAAAGGAUACGCACUCUACUACGGAGACGAACCCUUUCCAACCGAAGACGCGUGGAGGACGCGGUUCAAGGCUGUGAGGCCGACGGUGGAGGUUCGUGGGGAUGGGACGGUGGUUUUGGGGACGAGUUUUGAGGAUGCGGUGCCGAAGGUGAGUUUGUUUCUAUGGUUUGAACUUUGAUGGGGGAUGAAAGGAGGAAGGGAGAGGAGAUGAGGGCUAAUGAGAUAUUGUGUUUGUGUUUAGGAGUUCACUGUCAUUCUUACGAAAGAUGAAGAGACUGAUGGGGAUGGAAAAGUGGAAGGGGUGGAAGAUGUUGGACCUGAGGAUUCGGAUGCGUUCAACCUUUAUUCUGACGCGGAGAGUAAGGAUGAGAUUGAUUACGAUGAUGAGGCUGUUGAGGACGUGAAGAUGAAAGGUGCGGGAGCUGAAGGGGGAAAGGAGGAGAAGAAGGAGAAGGAGAAGGAUUCUGUCUCAGUAAAUUCUCCCUUUUUUUCUUUCUUGCUUUUGUGUGUUUUGUUUUCUUUUGGUUAUCUGAGAAUUCUGGAUCCAAGUGGCUGGCUGUUUUCCAGAAUUCUGGAAGGGUGGGAGUGA